GCGGGCACCGGGGCGGGGCCGCACCCGGAAGAGCCGUGGCCGGGGCAGCGCAACAGGCGGCGGCGGCGGCCGGGGCUGCGCGGGGCUGCGCGGGGCGGCGGGAUGGACAAGCUGAAGAAGGUGCUGAGCGGGCAGGACGCCGAGGACCGCGGCGGCCUGGCCGAGGUGGCCGACACAUCCUCCCUGAGCUGGAGCACCAGGAUCAAAGGCUUCAUUGCGUGCUUUGUUGCAGGAAUUGUCUGCUCUCUGCUGGGCACACUGCUGCUCUGGGUGCCGAGGAAGGGGCUGUACCUCUUCGCCGUGUUUUACACAUUCGGCAACAUCGCUUCGAUCGGCAGCACCGUCUUCCUCAUGGGGCCCGUGAAGCAGCUGAAGAGGAUGGUGGAGCCCACGCGUCUGAUCGCAACCAUCCUGGUGCUGUUGUGUUUCACGCUCACCCUGUGUUCUGCCUUCUGGUGGCACAACAAGGGGCUCGCCCUCAUCUUCUGCAUCCUGCAGUCUUUGGCCCUGACGUGGUAUAGCCUCUCCUACAUACCGUUUGCAAGGGACGCGGUGAAGAAGUGUUUCGCUGCCUGUCUCGAGUAGCAGGCGGCCCGUUUCGCACAGCUCUGGACGGCACGGCGGAAGGAAGCUUUCGUAGGAAGCUGGCAGACGCUUUGUAGAUGCCUCCACACCUCUCGCUCACGGACACCGGCCUUCCCUCCUCGGCAGUGGGUCCCCGCGAUGCGCGUACGGCCCGCUGUGCCCAGCCCGUGUCUGCAGCACAGCGGGGGCUGUGUCCUCCUCGCCCUCCGGUGACAGCGGUGUUUCCGAACCUGCACGGCGGCCCCUGCAGAUCCCGCCCGGCGGGUUUAACGUCAGCCACGCCUUUUCUCUUGGGGCUGCCAGCUUGCUUUCCUCCUGACCUGACCUGGAGCUGGAUCGGGAACGGAGCCCCGGGGAAGACACCGCUCUCCCUCUGGGAGAGCCGACCGGAGGCGAACACGUUUGCUGUCCUUGCUGUGUUUUCCUUCGUUUCCGUCUGGAGUGGAGCCGGGGGGGAGGGGAGGGGAAAGACAGCCCCAGGCGCUUGAGCCCGAGGCAGAGACACUGGAGAAGGCGCCGGGGCUGCGGGCAGACCCUGCUCAGCCGGAUGGCCACCUCCACGCGCGCUCCUGUGCCCGGUCUUGUCUGGGCCUCACCAGCCUCGUGGCUGAGCAGGUGAGGAAACCGAGGGCCAGAGAGGUUUCCGGUUCUACCCAAAGCUACGGCUGGUGGCAGCGCCGAGCCUCGCAGGACCCUGUGGUUCCCGGGGUGGCCCUGGGGUGCUCCUGGGCCUGGGUCCCUGCCUCCCUCCGCAAGCCUGCGACGUCCCGGGCCCGAGCUGCGCCCCUGCGGUGGCCCCCGCCUCUCCCCUCUGGGAGGUGCCUGACCUUGGCCUCUCUGUUCUCCGUGUCCUGGAGCCGUGGCUGCCCGGCCAUCAGAACGUCCCGCCGUGGCCCCGAGCUCCUGGCAUUGAAGGACCUCGCGCAGGCCUCUUCCCUGCACCUCCACGCCGAGGCCGGACUCCCUGCCACUGAGACCCCGGCCGGCCAGCCUUCCCUCUGUGCUGGGAGGGAAGGGACACUGACGACACCCUCUGGCUUUUAGGGUCCUGGCGCCCCUGGGAGAGAAUCCAGGGCUCUGAGGGGCACGGCGCUGCCUCACGCCUCCCAGGUGUGUAGAUGGUGGUGGUGAGCGUGGGCGUUGAUGGCAGGCCCGUCGGGUGGGAGUUGGGGCUCUGUCACUGCCAUGUAGAACCAGUCGCCUAGCCUCUGGCCCUCAGAUUGCCCCCGUUUAACCACCGGGAAUAAGUCUGCACUGGCUGUGGCAGGACGGCCUCACGUGGUGGUGGGUCUUGACCAACGUUACUUAAUGCCAGACAUCGCCGAUGCCGUGGAGGUGACGGUGCGUGUCUCGUGCCGCUAACUCGCCUGAAAGCUGUGCCCUGCACAGUGUGCCUGCGCGGCAGGUGUUGCCUGUGCGAUCGCAUUAAUAGUCACAGUGCCUCGCCCUUGUGGGGAGGCCUCGUCUGCCUUGUUCACAGAGCGGCCUCAGCUGUGUGGAUCCCACCGGGAGCGGCAGCGGCUCUUGCAGCAAAGCUGCUUCCCCACUCUGUGGCCGGGGCCUGUCGGAUCGACUUCCAUCAGGACACGUGGGCAGCGAGGGUGUGGCGCUGCCUUCCAGGACCUUCCGGAACCCUGUUUCUCCUGCUUCCGCUUGUGCUUUUUUGCUGCUUGUUUCUGUGGGAGGAAGACGUCCGUUUCAAAUCUGCUGAGCACCGUUACCAAGCAACUGCCUGUUUCCAGCCGCCUAGUGGGUGGGAGACGGGCGUGGAGAAUUGGGGUUCAGACCCGGGGCUGUAGGGCUCUCCCUGCUCCCCUGCCUGGUGUGCUCACUGCUGGGGGAGAGACCAUAGCGUUUGGGAGCGGAGGGGACCACUGAGGUGACGCCUGCAGAGGGCUGUGCUCCCCUGAGGGCACAGUGCCAGCUGGGUGCAGUGGGCCCUGCCCCCCUCCUUCCUGGACCUGUACCCCAGGCCGCUGUGCUGGGAGGUGGGGAGCAGCUGGCCAGCAGGCUCCCGGCCUCUUCCAUGCCGCACAGAGCCUGCCUUCCACCCCGUCUCCCUCUGCCUCUGGUCUUGGCUCCUCGUGUGGCUGUGCCCCGUCCACGGCUGCCAGGCCCGCCGGCUCCCCGCCCCCAUCUCCCGGGCAGGCCGCCUCGUCCCUGGGAGAGCAAAGCUGCCCCCAGCGGAGCACUGCCACCGUGCUUACCAGGCCGAGGAGCUUCUGUCCCUCUGGUGGGGCGACGGGGCUGUUCGCCUGCGUGACCCUCCUCCCACCCAGGCCGUGUGUGCUCAGUACCAUGGAGAAGGGGCGCACCUUAAAAGAGGGUGGAGGGGUGUGGGCUCCUGCGCUGGCCACAUCCCGCUUGGGGAGUGCCAUGGGGGACAGCUGUUUCUAUGAGUGGUGAGACCAGUGGAAUGAGUAGGAAGCGGCUGCAGGGCUGUGGCCCAGGACCCCUCUCGGGGGCAGCGGCAGUGCCCCCUCCCCUCCCCUUCCCUCCCCUCGGGUCCCUGCUGCACGGCCAAUCGUGUGCAGCCUUACAGAGCCGCCUGGCUCGGUUUCUGAUACCGUUCUGACUACAACCCAAGUAACCUUUGAUGCGGACAUGUGCAUAGUUUCUUUGCAGAUGCUAUUUUU